GCAAUAAGUCAACGGCCGAUCCACACUGGUCACCGGGAGAAAACGAACCAUCGACCAGGCGCCCAGCUCGCGUGUCUAAGUUUGUGCUCAGUUGGAGAGCAGGAGACUUCAAUUUGUAUAAGGAGAGCAAACACCUUAAACUCAUCACCCGCCGGCCUGCCCAUCACCCGCCGCCUACUCAUCACCGCCGGCCUGCCCCAUCAACUGUCCGCCUUCCUAUCACCCGACGGCCUGCCCAUCACCCGUCGGCCUGCCCCAUCAACUCGGCCUGCUCCAUCACCUGGCCUUCCCCAUCACCCGCCGGCACCGUCCCAUCACCCACCGGCCUGCUCCAUCAUCACAGGCCUUCCCCCAUCACCCGCCGGCCUGCCCCUACCGCCGGCCUGCCCAUCACCCGCUGGCCUGCCCACAUCACCCGCCGUGCCUUACAUCACCAGCCUGCCCCAUCACCAGUCGGCCUACCCCAUCACCCGCCGGCCUGCCCACAUCACCCGCCGGACAAUAUCACCCAUCGGCGUACCCGUCACCCAACAAACUGUCCCAUCACCUUCGGCCUGCCCCAUCACCUACGUCCUGCCCCAACCCCCUGUUGCCCCAUCACCCGCCCGCCUUCCCCAUCACCGUCGGCCUGCCCAUCACCCGCCCGACUGCCCCAUCACCCGUCGGCCUGCCCAUCACCCGCCCGCCUGCCCAUCACCCGCCGGCCUGCCCCAUCAUCAGCCAGCCUGCCCAUCACCCGUCGGCCUGCCCCUUCACCCGUCGGCCUGCCCCAUCACCCGUCGGCCUGCCCCCAUCACCGCCGGCCUGCCCCAUCACCCGUCGGCCUGCCCCAUCACCCGUCGGCCUGCCCCAUCACCCGUCGGCCUGCCCUAUCACCGCCGGCCUGCCCCAUCACCCGCCGGCCUGCCCAUCACCCGCCGGCCUGCCCCAUCACCCGUCGGGCAUACGUCGGCCUACCCGUCGGCCUGCCCCAUCCAGCUCGCCUGCCCCAUCACCCGUCGGCCUGCCCCAUCACCCGUCGGCCUGCCCAUCACCCGUCGGCAUGCCCCACCACCGUCGGUCUGCCCCAUCAUCAGCCGGCCUGCCACAUCACCCGUCGGCCUGCCCCAUCACCCGCGGCUUGCCCCAUCACCGUCGGCCUGCCUUUCACCCCUCGGUCCCCAUCACCCGGGCCUGCCCCAUCACCCGCCGGCCUGCCCCAUCACCCGUCGUGCCCCAUCACCCGUCGGCAUGCCCCACCACCCGUCGGCCUGCCCCAUCACCAGCCGGCCUGCCCCAUCACCCGUCGGCCUGCCCAUCACCGUCGGCCUGCAACACUCUGUUAUGCACGUGAUGCUAGUAUAG